AUGGUUCUGUUUUCAGGUACAAUAUGCGAACGACAGGAUGUUUGUAAGACGUCAAAGUAUGUGUAUACGGCAACAAUGGCCAGUUAUACGGUGACCGAGUGGAAGUUGAGGGGGAUUACGUUCACUGACAACGAAAAGAUCUCCCGUACCAUCGAAGACCUCUGCCUGCUCCGUCAUAAGAGGCUCGCCCCAAUCUACGGAUAUCAUUGGAAGAUUGACAAUGAGUUAAUGGUAUUUCGUGCUCAUGUACCACAAGGGACAGUAGCGGAUUUGGUGAAAAGGAGUUCAUUGCCACAAGAAACAGCGCUUCGAUAUAUUGUACAUGUGAUUGAUGCACUAGCUUACCUCCACGAGAGAAGGCAUGUUCACGGGAAGCUGAAUGCAUCCAACCUGCUACUCACCAUCUCCAAUGACAUCCUGCUCGCCGAUCCCUAUAUCGAGGGGCUCCCUUGUGCUCAGAAACGGAGAGCCCUCUUGGCUUCACCACCCGAAGCGUUCAACUCCUGGGACUCUUACCCCUGCCUGACACCUUCUUCGGACAUCUGGUCGGUUGGAUGUGUGCUCGUGACAAUGGUCACCAGAUACCCACCUUUUCUCGAUCAUUUCAUGCAUUUUCAUGGCGAUGGAUUGCAUAGAGAACUAGUAACCGAAUGGAACACACGUCGCCGUUUAGUCUACUCCAGUCAAAAUUUGCUCAGAGAUGCCUCCAAAGAUAUCUGCGACUUGGUCGACCAAAUUUUCAUCGUAGACCCCGCGCACCGUCCAUCAGCCCAAAGCCUUCUAGAAAUGCACUCAUCGAAAUCACGCAAAACUUCGAUCAGAAACUCUUUGGCAUCGCUAGCAAACCACAAGGAACCGGAACCCCCGAAACCAAUCGACGAGUUCUAUGUGGAUCGGGCGAAUGAUGAGGAACAUAGGCAGUUGGAGAAUCUCAUUGAGAUGGCUGAGAAAAUGCAUAAGGAUCAGGAGGAGGGCGGCUUCCUCCCAUUCAUCCGAUGGUACUUCUCGAGAAUCUUGAUUUUCUCAAUUCUACUCGUCAAAUGGGUCGGAAUGGUGUUGUGUGCUGCGAUGAGUCUGGCUGUGGUUGCUGGAAGUGUGUUCUUCGCGAUUUUUCUGAUUUAUAAUGGAAUACAAAUCGCAUGUCAGUGCUCGUUGAAUGAAGGAUUCAUUGUUCUCAUCGCUCUUAUCCUCCUUCCCAUUAUCAUUCUCCUCACAACACUAUGUUGUAACAACUCUCUCGACAGAUAUCAUGCAGAUGUGGAGAGCGGAAAAAUUGAGAGGAGUCGCUACGUCAUGAAAACCCCAUCCAAAGAUAUUAUAGUCGGUGGGUAUAUUCUGGUGGAGGGAAAACCGAAUAUCAAAGUGCCAGAGGAGAAUUCUAGAAAGAUCGGCAUCGCCGAAGGAAUCUCCCAGAUGAAUCGUGGUGUCGACUUCCUAAGAGACGUUGCGCGAAUUGCCUAA